AUGGGCUCGGGUCCGGUCGCGGGCUCGGUGCGGGCGCGCUACCUCGUGUUCUUCCAGUACGUGGGCACCGACUUCAACGGGAGCGCGGCUGUCAGGGGCGCCCAGCGCGCGGUCGGGGUGCAGAACUACCUGGAGGAGGCCGCCGAGAAGCUGAAGUCGGUCGUGCCAGUCAAGUUCAUCAUCUCCAGCCGCACGGACGCUGGGGUCCACGCCCUGAGCAACGCCGCGCACCUGGACGUGCAGCGCCGCGCGGGCCAGCCGCCCUUCACACCCGAGGUCCUGACCGAGGCCCUCAACACCCACCUGCGGCACCCCGCCAUCCGGGUCCAGCAGGCCUUCCGUGUGCCCACCGACUUCCACGCCCGCCACGCUGCCACAUCCAGAACCUACCUGUACCGCCUGGUCACCGGCUGCGCCCGGUAUGACCAGCUGUCUGUGUUUGAGCGAAACCGGUGCUGGGCCCUGCGAGCAGACCGCUUGGACAUGGCUGCCAUGCAGGAGGCUGCCCAGCACCUCCUGGGGACACACGACUUCAGCGCCUUCCAGUCGGCCGGCAGCCCCUCCACCACCUCCGUGCGCACGCUGCGUCGAGCCUCCGUGUCCCUGGACCCAGCCGGUCCCUUUGUCCUUCCCCAGGAGAGCAGGAGGCUGCAGUUCUGGAGCUUGGAGUUUGAGAGCCAGUCCUUCCUGUACCGACAGGUGCGGAGGAUGACGGCCAUCUUGGUGGCCGUGGGGCUGGGGGCUGUGACCCCUGCUCAGGUGAAGACGAUUCUCCAGAGCCGGGACCCGCUGGGCAAGCACCAGACACGCGUGGCCCCAGCCCACGGCUUGUUCCUGAAGUCGGUGCGAUUCGGGGGCCUCAGAGACCUCGUCCCAGGGCUUCUGGCUCAUGGUCUGCAGGGUCCAUAG